UAUUUCAUGACUACUCAUUCGUCUCUCCUGCAGUAGGAGCAGCAGCAGCAUCAACCACGCAACAAUGGCUACCAAUGAUUCAAACCGGGUCGGAUUAGUAAUAUCCACCACCGAAUCAAUUAGGGUUUUCCUCUCUGGAGCCUCUCAAGACCCUAAUCUCUCCCACCACCUCCGACACACAUCCGCUGAUCUUCUCUCCCAAUCUGAGCUUUCAUACGAGCCUCUCCGCUCUGUCUGGAUGGCCUCUGAUCCAUCCACCCGACCCGAAUUGACCCAACUCUUCUCCGGCACGCGAUUCGUCUUCUCUAGCCCGAAGCCCAGGCAGAAGAGUGAAGAAUUGAAGUCAAGGCUGAAAAAGUUGCAAGACUUGGCUGAAAGGAAAGCUUAUCAAGAGCUAGUGAAGGACAUUGCACCAAAGAAGGAAGUUGAGGAACCAUUCUCUUCUUACAAGGACCAGUUAGGAUUUGGUAAUUACCUUUCCAAUUAAGUCUUAUCUCUUGGA